AUGAACUCACGCACGAAAAGAAUCUUAGCUCUGUGCAAUGCAGAAGAAAGAAGUACAAAGAGAUCCGCCAAAGAUAUGACGGAAUGCUUAGAUACCACAAUGAAUAUAAAUCAAAAUAAUGAUACCCUGUUCAAUAUAAUGGACCUGCCAGUGGAUAUCGCAACUAAUGAUAGUUUCAUUGAAAUUAUGGACCCCGAAACUGCAAAUUCCAGCGCUCAGAUUUCAAGAUAUUAUAUUUGUACUACUCCGACAGAACUUGCAGAUAAGAUAUUGGAUGAUGAUCGAAACGAGCAUCUAGUCGACAACAAUUUGGAAGAAGACCCUGAUGUUCAUACCACGAUUAUGACUUUAGAGCAAGAACCUAUGGAGUUGGUAGACAGUAAUAAUAGGGCAAAUUUUAGCACUGUCAGUACCGCAUCUCCGGAUCCCAUCAGUCAUGAUCCACCUCCGUUCGUGGCAAGUCAAUCGAUACAUUCAGAUACUGACACUGAUUACCAUCCUACUGAAGAUGAGAAUGAAUCUUCUGAUAAUGAUCGCUUAUCUGACCAGUCUGCCCAACAAGUAAUUCGGCCCAAUGAAGAUAUUAUUGCUCAUGAUAAUACGACUAAUAAAGCAGUAAAGCGAGUAAUUGGUAUUAAUACUAAGAGAGUUAAUCAAGAACUAAGGGAAAAAGGAAAAAAAUAUCUGGGAUAUCGAAGACCAGGUGCAAAUCAAACAAAUACUUUCCAUGAUACACAGAGAGCGGAGCGCACAUUGGGACCAACAUGUACCUCGACGUUUUGUGCUAAAUCUAAAAAAAGAAAAUGCAAUGAUUUGUCUGAAAAUGUAAGGCAAGAGAUAUUUUCAAAAUUUUGGGACAGUUUAACUUGGGAUCAAAGAAAAACAUUUGUGUGCCACACGGUUACCAAAGAAAGUCCAAAACAACGCAAAACAGAAAAUAACGAAUCACGACGUAGUGGAACACUCAGAUAUACCCUGAAAGCUGGUAAAGAAAACAUCUCUGUCUGCAAGAAAAUGGUUUUAUCCACACUUGGUCUUCGUGAAUGGCAGGUAAAUAAUUGGGUUGACCACAGUAAAUAUGGAAUAAAUGAGGGCAAAAAAAAUCAAAAAAAAUCAGAAGGAAUCUUAGGGUCUUUUCGGGUUCCCAAUGAAUUCAUGAACACAUUUAUAGACAACUUGAAUAAAUUGCCUUCACACUAUUGUAGGAAAGAUACUAAUAAAAUGUAUUUAGAGCAAUCAUUUACAACAAUUACCGAGCUCUACAAUGUGUAUGUAAAUGCCGCGAAGGAAUCGAACCACAAAGCAAUGAGCCAAAAUUCCUUGACCACAUUACUGAAAAAGAAGAAUGUCUCACUAUACAAGCCGAAGAAAGAUGAAUGCGAUACUUGUUGCCAAUACAACGAAAAAAAUCUUAACGAAGAAAAGUGGCAGAAACACCAAUACCAGAAAGAUAGAGCUAGAGCGGAAAAGGUAAAACACAAGGAAGGAAGUUUGAGAGGAGUCAAGCAUGUUGUGACCAUGGAUCUGCAAGCCGUAAAAGUUUGUCCCUCAAUAAUGGCAAGUGCUGUGUAUUUCAAAACAAAGCUCUGUGUUCAUAACUUUACAGUGUAUAAUCUUGCAACGAAACAGUGCACAUGUUAUUGGUUUGACGAGACCCAAGCUGACUUACAAGCAUCCACAUUUGCAUCAUUUGUUGUGGACUACAUAAGAAUACAUUUAAGUCAUGGAAAACCCAUUAUACUUUACUCAGAUCAGAUGGUUGCACAUACCAAAACCGGAAUAGUGUCAUGUCCAAUGCUCUUUUAA